UUUGUUUAUUCCUAAAUCGAAACACUUCAAACGUUUUAAAUUUUAUCCAAAGAAAUUUGUGCAUUUUUCGUGAAAAAUCAUCAAUUUGACUAAACAUGUCGCUUGCCGAUGAACUGUUGGCUGAUCUGGAAGACGACAACGAUGAGUCCGAGGAGCUACAGGACGCCGUUAAGCAGGAAAGUCCUGAUGACCUCGACGAAGACCAACAGCAACUUUCCGCCGGGGAUGAGGAGGAAGCCAUCAUAAUGGACGUUAAAGAUGAACCCAUGGAAGUGGACGUAAAGGUGGCCUCCAUACGGGAGAUCUGCAAACUGCGGGACUCUGCCCGGCUGGCCAACGUCCUGACACAGAUAGCGAAGUUCGUGAAAAACCCGCGCAAAACAUCGGAGAUGAUCGGGAACGUGGAAUCGGAUCCGGAGUAUCAGCUGAUUGUCGAAGCCAACAACAUUGCGGUGGAUGUAGACAGCGAAAUUUCCAUCAUACACAAAUUCGUAAAGGACAAAUACCAAAAACGUUUCCCGGAAUUGGAUUCGCUUAUUAUGGUGGAAAUGGAUUACAUACGUAGCGUCAAAGAACUGGGCAAUGACUUGGACCAAGCGAAGAACAAUGAACGACUACAGGAGAUCUUGACCCAGGCCACUAUCAUGAUUGUUUCGGUAACCGCUUCAACCACUCAGGGAACUCGCCUGGAACCACACGAAUUGCAGCAAAUCUACGAAGCCUGUGAUAUGGCCAUAGAACUCAGCGAUUUCAAAACCAAGAUCUUUGAAUACGUUGAAAGUCGAAUGACAUUCAUCGCGCCCAAUUUAUCGAUGAUCGUUGGUGCGUCUACGGCUGCCAAAUUGGUGGGCCUGGCCGGUGGUCUUACCAGGUUAUCGAAAAUGCCGGCCUGCAAUGUGCUUGUCUUGGGGGCGCAGAAGAAAACCUUGUCGGGCUUUUCUAAGGUGGCGAUGCUGCCCCACACUGGAUACGUUUACUAUUCGGAUAUUGUCCAGGACACGCCACCAGACAUGCGCCGAAAAGCCGCCCGCCUGGUAGCUUCGAAAAGUACUCUGGCCGCACGCGUGGACGCUUGCCACGAAAGCCACAUGGGCGAAAUAGGUCAACGGUUCCGGGAAGAUAUCGAAAAGAAGCUAGACAAACUGCAGGAACCGCCUCCGGUUAAGUUCAUCAAACCGCUUCCUAAACCCAUCGAAGGUGGUAAAAAGAAGCGCGGCGGUAAGCGAGUGCGCAAGAUGAAAGAACGCUACGCAAUAACCGAGUUCCGCAAGCAGGCCAACCGCAUGAACUUUGGAGAUAUUGACGAAGACGCCUAUCAGGAGGACUUGGGCUACACCCGUGGCACCAUUGGCAAAACAGGAACCGGAAGGAUACGUUUGCCACAGAUCGACGAAAAGACCAAGGUUCGAAUCAGUAAAACGCUGCAGAAGAAUCUGCAAAAGCAACAGCAGGUUUGGGGCGGAAGUACCACAGUUAAAAAGCAAGUUUCCGGUACAGCAUCCAGUGUGGCGUUUACUCCGCUGCAGGGAUUGGAAAUCGUCAAUCCUCAGGCUGCAGAGAAACCCGCCAGCGAAAGCACGGCUAAGUAUUUUUCCAACACGUCCGGGUUUCUGUCGGUGGGAAAAAGGACAACAUAAGGGGAUUCGGAUUGUUACUGUUGAAAUGAGCUAAUAAACAUUGAUUACUACAAUCA